UUUCAAAAAUGGCGGCGCCCUGUUGGAGGUAUGUUUGUCGACCGCUAUGGCAGAUUACCUCAGGACCAGGGGGGUUGAAAGCUGCAGUGCGGUAUGUUUCUUCCAGCGUUCAGAUAGGCAAACCUGCAAGCUCAUCUUCGCCCUGGGUUCUACACGGCGCCUUGUGCUUACAGAGACUUCCGGUCACCUCUCGGGACCUGAACCCGGUUGAGGAGAAGUUCAUGGAGCUCAUGCGCCAGAUGGAGCUGGAGAGAAGCCUACUCUCAGACCAUGAGCUACGGUUGUUGGAGGACGCCGAACGGAUGAGCCGUAAACAGGAUGCCGAUUAUGACUCGGAUGAGGAAGAGGGCUACGGAGGUCAAGAGAUUGUGACGGCACAGGACUUAGAGGACACGUGGGAACAGAAACUCAAACUGUUCAAACCUGCUCAGAGAAUGAAAGAUUCUGACACCACAGAUGUGAGCUCGGCUGAGCGCUGCCUGGGAGACAGCCUGGUGCUGCUGGUGAAGCAGGAUGUUGGCUCUCAGAAGGUUUGGCUUCUGCCUCAGCUGCCGUGGGAGGCGGGAGAGACGCUGAGGCAGACCGCGGAGCGUGCCCUCACCAGUCUGCCAGGUGCAAAAUUGAACGCAACCUUCCUUGGGAAUGCCCCUUGUGGAUUUUACAAGUACAAAUUCCCGAAAAACAUCCGGACCGAUGAGAGGAUAGGAGCCAAAGUGUUUUUCUUUAAAGCCUUGCUGUCUGGGAGCGGCAAUCUGCCACCGGAGAAAGACUCCUUCGUGUGGGUGAGAAGGGAUGAGCUCCAGGAUUAUCUCAAGCCCGAAUACCUGAAACAGGUCAAGCGAUUUAUUUUGAAUCUGUGACACGCCAAAAAACUGGACCCCAUGUAUAAAUGUCAUACACACCUAUGUAAGACACUUGCUCAGACUCACAAAUCAGGUGUCUCUUCUCUACUGAACAGAAAUAAAAUGUUAAAUUUUUUGGAGCUCCAUUUCCACGCCAUAAUCAUUUAUGGCUCUGUGACCAAGCAUGACAUGGCUGACUAAAUAAAUCCAGAUUUCCAGAUGAGUUGAUUAAAUGAAUCAGGUAUGAUAGGCAGAGGGUGUUGGAGUGUGACCGAGUGGGGGGGUGGCCUGAUUGAAUUCUGUUCUAGUUCCACAACCAGAGAUGACACAGAAGUCUAACCUUUUUAUAUUACACAUGUUCAUUAAAGAUGAUAAUCCAGUGUUUUCCAAUGUGUGAAAUUUGUCAUGUCUUAAAAAAAAUUGACUUUCAAUUAAUUUUUCAGUAGCCCACCUGACAUGAAGUUGGCCUUAAACCUUCAGUUGUCCUGUCCCACUAACUCUGGUAAUUUCUCUUUAUAUUGUAUAAUAUGUUUUAUGUCAUUUUUGUGUCACUGAUCAUUAAUAUUAAUAAUAAUGAUGAGAAUUGAGACCCUAUAACCCUUCACUGCUUGGGGGGUUAUUUUAAUGCCUGGUGUGGAAAAGUUAAUGGAAGAUGGACGUCAUCUAAAGCUGACUAAAAAUCAAUCAUCUCUUUGAAAUAAGAAUUUCAUUUCACUUUGUUACACUUAGCCCAAACCUUAACCAUCACAUCUAAAAUGCCAACAUGAAUCCUUAAAUAAUUUUUCUUGUUAAACGUGACUGAUGUCAAUGUCCUGGAAUUCUAUAAAAUGGUGAAAGAAAAACAUUUGCAUGUCCGGUACUUUGAAUCUUGAUGUAAAUACUGUACGGUCAAUAGUGCUGUGAAUCAUAAGUAGACAGUCAAUUUAAUUUGAUGGUUAUGAAUUUAUUUGGAUUCAUUAGCAUUAAAGUUUAUUGUCUGA